UGAUGUAUCCUCAUCUUUUUUGAUUCUCUUUUUUUUUUUUUGGUCAGUUACACUAUUUCUAUAACCUUUUCUUUUCACAUACUUUUUUUUUAAUCCACACUCCAAAAAAAACAACACGCAUCUUUUGUAAUUUUUAUUUUCUUGCAUAAAAAUAAACAAGCACAUUAUUUAAUAUAAAGUUUCUUUUGUCUUUUCGCUUUUUGUCUUUAUUCAUCAAGCAGCAACAGCAGCAGCAUAAACAGAAGCAGAAGCAGCGGAAACAUCAACCCACUUGCCCUUUCUUUAUUGUCCUCUGCACACGCACACGCACACGCACACACGCGCACAAACACAUUCUCAUUCCAAUUCUCAUUCCCAUUCCCAUUCCCAUUCUCUCAAAGAAACACGCUGCAUUCCUCGACGAUGCUAAAUACAAAACUAGGGGCUAAGCUCCGGGCCAGCAUGGUCCCCAUCCUCAGCCUGCUUGUUCUGCUCCUGGGCACAGUGGCCGGCGAGACAGUCAAAGAGGUGACAACAAGCGACGGCAGCACCCUGGCACUGGGCGGCAACGGGGGGCUCGUGGCCAGCGGCAUCGUAGCUGGAAUAACGCUGAUAGUGCUUGGGUUUUUCUUCAACUACUUUGGGUACAAGCUGUUCAAGAUCCUGGUUUUCUUGGCGGGGUUCUGCGUAGUGGCCGGGCUGGUUCUGUACGCUGAGUACAAGAUCCGCGCGCCUUUGGAGGACGAGAAGGGCCGGCAGCUGUGGUACCUCGGGAUUGCGGCUGUGUUCGGGCUGCUUGGCGGUGGGCUGAUGCUGUUCCUGGUCAACGUGGGCGUUGCGCUGGUUGGCGGGCUGGGUGGGUUUGCGCUGGCGACGUGGAUUCUGUCGAUGAAGACCGGCGGGGUCAUCCACUCGGACGUCGGACGCAUUCUGUUUAUCGUGGCGCUCGUGGUCGUGGGCAUUGUGGCGGCGCUGUUUUUGAAGCGGCCGGCGAUUAUUGUCUCGUCGAGCAUCUGGGGGUCGUACGCGCUGUUUGUGGGCAUCGACUGCUUUGCGAGGACCGGGUUCCAGUACACGGCGCUAAGCUUCCUCAAUGCGCCCGGCGCCGUGUACGAGGCCACGCCGAAGGUGUAUGCCAUGAUUGCCUGCAUGGCUGUUUCAGCGUGUCUGGGCAUCUUUGUGCAGUUCUUCCUCAGCCGCGGCGGCAAGCAAAAGCACACGUUCAUUCCGAUUUGACACAAGCACAGGCCUUGGGGCUUUCCCCUUCAUUAUUUUCCU